AUGGCCUAUCACAAAGUGAAUGCAGACCAGAGAGCACAGGGGCACUCUCCGUACCUUGACAACGAUGAACUCCAAGCCACAGCACUGGAACUGGAAUGGGACAUGGAAAAAGAACUGGAGGAGCCUGGCUUUGACCAUUUCCGACUGGAUGGUGCGGUCCAGCAUCACCCGGGAAACUCCCAGAGCCCCGACCUUGAUCUCGAGCCCAUCCAGCCUUCGUCUUCCCCUAAGGGUCGAUUCCAGCGACUUCAGGAAGACCCCGACUACGUCUCGCACUAUACAAGACAGGCACCAAAGAGCAACCGCUGCAGUUUUUUUCAGAUACUGAAAGUAUUUUGCACUGCUUUGAUUUUAUUUAUUUUUGGAAUUGUGAUAGGAUAUUAUGCAGGCAAGAAAUGCCCUUCUGCCCCAGCAUCUCAAGAACCAAAUAACCUUCAUAUCUACCAUGAAAUUCUCAAGGAAAUCAAAGCUGAAAAUAUUCAACAGAUUUACAGAGAUUUGUUACAGUUCACUAGAGAAGAUGAUGUAGACAUUGCAGUGAAAAUUCUGGUGCAGUGGAGUUCCCAAGGCCUUGAAGAUGUCCGGCUGGUAAAUUACUCUGUUUUACUUGACCUGCCGGGCUUUUCUUCAAACACAGUAACUCUGAAAAACAGCGGUGAGUGCUUUUAUCCUGGUGGACAACAGUGCAACAGAGAAACCAAAACUCUUCAUCGCCAAGACCUCCUGUACUCGUAUGCAGCUUACUCCGCCAAAGGAACUCUUGAGGCAGAACUCGUUGAUGUACAGUAUGGGACCGUGGAAGACUUGAUCCGGAUUCAAGCCAUUACAAACGUGACCAAAAAAAUUGCACUUUUAAAGCUAGGACAAUCACCUUUGCUUUAUAAGCUUUCUCUGUUAGAAGAUGCAGGGUUUGGCGGUGCUCUUCUUUACAUUGAUCCUUGUGACUUACCAAAGACUACAGAUCUUGCUGAUAAAGCUUUUAUGGUUUCCUUGAACAGCGGAGGAGAUCCAUCAACACCUGGUUAUGCCAGUAUUGAUGGAAGCUACAGACAGAAUCGACUGAACCUCACAACACUGUUAGUACAACCAAUUUCUGCAGUGCUUGCCAAAAAACUCGUUUCCUUGCCUGAGGACACUGUCCAAACAGAUAAGUGUAUACCCCUCCAAAUGCCAACUACAGGAAAAAAAAUAAUCAGUCUGAGUAUUCAGUCAGUCGCAACUUACAAGACAAUUUCUAAUGUUAUUGGAUAUUUAAAAGGAACUGUAUUUCCUGACAGAUACGUCAUCAUUGGUAGUCAUCACAACAGUCUGAAUAGUUAUGGCGGACAAGAAUGGGCCAGUAGCACUGCUAUCAUCACAGCGUUUAUACAAGCCUUGAUGUUGAAGGUUAAGAGAGGCUGGAGACCUGAGCGGACCAUUGUGUUCUGCUCAUGGGGAGGAACAUCUUUUGGGAAUAUUGGUUCAUAUGAAUGGGCGGAGGAUCUCAAGAGAGUUCUUCAAAGAAAUGUUGUGGCUUAUGUUAGCCUCCAUAACCCAGUCAGAGGCAACUCAACUUUACACCCUGUUGCAUCCCCUUCUCUUCAGGAACUGGCAGCUGAGAGCCAGAGCUUCAACUGUGUGGAAAAGACUAAAUGUCCAGGAUCUAAUGUGAGUUCUGUGCAGAUACAAGGAGAUUCAGAUUAUUUCAUCAACCAUCUUGGAGUACCUGCCACGCAGUUUUCUUACGAGGACAUCAAAACAUCAGAGAAUUCCAGCUUUCUCUAUGAAGCUCUUUUUCCUGUACAUACAACAAAAACUGAAGAGAUGGAUCCCUCCUUUAGUCUGCACGAGACCAUUGCAAAGCUAACAGGACAAGUGACUUUGCAAAUUGCCAGUGAACCAGUUUUGCCGUUUAAUGCCCUUGACAUCGCGUUAGAAGUUCAGAACAGUCUUAAAGGUGAUGAAGUAGGCAUUCCUCAGUUGCUUGCAGUGGCAUCACGUCUGAGGGACACCGCAGAGUUGUUCCAAUCGGAUGAGAUGCGCCCAGCUAACGACCCCAAGGAGCGAGCUCCUCUCAGGGUCAGGAUGCUCAAUGAUGUGCUACAAAGCUUGGAAAAAAGCUUCCUGGUUCAUCGAGCUCCUCCAGGACUUUACAGAAAUAUUCUUUACAGACUAGAUGAAAGGACGAGCCAGUUUUCAGUACUGCUAGAGGCACUGGAGCACUGCAAACUACAUCAGUCAAAUGAGACCAUUCAAGCAGCCUUGUCAGAGGUGCUGAGCAGCAUCAAUUCAGCUCAGGUUUACUUCAAAGCAGGACUUGAUGUGUUUGAGACUGCCUUAGCUGGGAAGAAAUGA